CGACAUUUCACAUCGCGCAGAGCUCUUGGCAACGAGAGUGUCGGGCUUGCAACGCUUCCGGGCACGACACGACUUCUGGUCUUUCAGCACUUGUACAGUACAUACUCUUGCGACCCCGUACUGCAUUGUACAUAGCCCGCUCUUUGUGCGGACCAGGCCCAGCCACUGCGACGGUCCCCCUCGAUGCGCAGCUGCCUGGCGGUCUUGCUUCGGCCCUCGUCAUGUUCCUCCUCCUGACCUAACGCUCUCUCUUACUCUCUCUUCUGCUUCGCGAGGGUUGGGAAGGGAAUGGUCGUGGUGCAACAAUGGCUCUAGACCCCCUCCUCCCCAUCGCCCCGGCGAGGGUCAAGGCCUUGGUGCUGCCCGUCGGCCACAUCAAACGGGAACGCUUCGCUUCUUUUGUCGACCGUCUCAAAUCCGAGCAGGUCGUCUUUCUCGGCGAGGUCACUCCCGAUCCGCGCCCACAUAGAAACAUGUUCUCGCCCUUAGCGUUCCCCGCCGGUGCCAUGUUCUACGAUCUCACGACGCACCACCCCCUACCCUCCCACCUCUCGCUUUCGCCCUUUGAUUUGUUUCGGGAGCCUCUCGCCGUCAUUGCCGUAGCCGAUGGCGCUGAGCUGCCCAACGUUGCGUUCAGCAAGCGACAGUCAGGGGGCAAGACUGUCGAGGAGGCGAACAUUCGAGCCCUCUACCAGGGAUUGGAAGAUUUGCGAGAUCGAUACCCGAAAGUGCUUGCCCAUCGAGUGUUGGUGUUCGACUACCUGCCGUCCAAAGAGAAUCCCGUGCCAUUACCCGAGGGCAUCGUCACCAUACCGCCUGCCGAACAAUCCAAGCGGACCACCAUCAAGACAGUCAUGUGCGACAUUUCCGCGUUGAUCUUGGCUGAGAUGACCACUCUGGCGAGAUCUUACGAAGGAAUGUCGUUUAUAGACUCACCGGGGCAGUCUUUGACCCGCGGCGAGACAGGGGACGAUCCGGUUGGGGUCGCGAGGAGGAAUUCGCAAUUUGCUCUGCCGGUCAAUCGGUCGGCAUCUGCGAGCGGAUUUCUCGAUCGGAGCCAUGUCCGCAUGUCCAUGCCCCCAGUCCCUUCAAAAGGGGUUCCGCUCAGCUCCAGCAAUUCUACUCCGGCCCGGCCGUCAACCCCGGUCGGGGAAAAGGUUCUCCCACCCCCGCCUUCCACGUUUGACAGCAUCAUGGGAAGCAUGGAGACCACUAGCCCCGAUCAGAGAGGGGGACACGCACGUCCCGAUACUGCGGAAGGGUUCCGGACUCAAAGCCAAGACCGCGUGUCGGUUCAGGGGUAUGGGCCCGGGGGGCUUAACGAGAAAUGGAGGAGCAAAGGAAGGUGUAGGAUUCAGGUUGUUGUUGGGUCGCUCUAUCUCCAAGCUGGCCUGUGGAGUAAUGCGCUCAAGGAGCUCAGCGAGGCAGCGACUGUUGCAAAGUCAAUUAAUGAUCAUCUCUGGCAUGGGAAAGCCCUGGAGCUCGCUCUCAUCAGUCUCUUGCUGCUCGGCUGGGCUGGUAUCGAGUUUCAGAUUCCCACAGUCAUGCUUCCCCCCCAUGACAAGGGCACGGGCAUCGCGGCUGCGGUUCAAGAAGCUGAGGCUAAAGACCCCAACCAGCCUCGCUGGCUGCGGAAUCUUCAAGUGUACAUGCCAGAGUUGCUCGACCGCAUCAUUGGCCUCUAUUCCAGGAUAUCAGCCGAGCACUUGCCUCCUUUGCCCUUUUCCGAGGCCGUCAUCAGGUUUUGCAGAAUGCUCUCCGCACUCCACAUUGCCAACGGAAAGCUCUGUCAACAGUCGCUGGAUAUGAUGGUGUUUAACACUUUGCCCGAAAAGCCUCUGACCACGUCGCCUCGUUUCACCAUCCAGCCGACGCGCACACUAAUUGUUUCCACCCUGUUCAGGGCAUUUCCGGCUUCGUCCUCAGAACUCCUCACUACUAUCGACCGCAUCGUGAUUCUCAGCGGCAUCGCAUCUGUCCUUGGGCAUUUAGGCUUCCAAAGGAAGAAGGCCAUGGUAAUUAGGGAACUUGUCUCAGUUCUGGUAGGCGGCUUAGUCGAAGCGCGCACACGGGGCGCCGCCGACGUUGGCAUACAUCCAGCUGCCGGGUUGGUUGGCCUCAAUGGCGCAGCCGGAGCAGGCGGAGUGGGAGCGCUGGACCUUGCCGAGGACGAUAUCGAGCACGGAAUCGAGGCCUUUCUGGGGUCUUUGCUCAAGACAUACGGAGUUGUCCGCUAUGAUCUGAUUUCGGAUGGCGAGGAAGAUUCUUCAGAUUCUGCAGUUGUGGCACGAAUUCAGAGACAAUCCGCCGCGAGAUUCUUUGGAAUGCAGAGUGUCAAAAUCAACAUCCUCCGCUCCUGUAUAAACUUCUCCGAGGCUCUACCGGACUUCGCUGGAGUGCUUAGGUACUCGAGCGACCUGUUGCGAACAGCCGGCCGCGGCAUUGCUCCUGGGCCACGGAGGGAAAACGCGUACCCAACAAUAACCAAGGAGGAGCAAGUCCGCCUGAUCACUAACAUCCUCAAAACGUCCAAACUGUCUGUACGCUUGGGCCUUGGCCCCUUAACAGCUGAAUACUGGGACGAGUUCCUCCUCCGCGGGGUCUCUCUGGACCCGCUGCCUCCGACCAAAACUCCUGUCCCACAUGCAAAGACGGAACUCCCAGGAAUCACCGCUUCACGGAGCUCGCAGGAUGUUGAUCCUUUUAUCUACAACCCUUUCCUCAAACGGCCUGAUACGGCAACAGUAGAUCGUACUCUGGUGGCUGGCGAGCCGGCCAGCUUCAGAUUGACGCUUCAGAACCCAUAUGAGAUAGAAGUCGAAGUGGAAAGCAUUCGACUGGAUACCGAGGGUGCCGACUUUGAAUCGGCAGUGGGGAGUAUUGUCAUUGGUCCCUAUCGCACCCAGAUACUGCGCCUGUCUGGCACACCCAAGAGUGCAGGAACGGUCAAGGUUACGGGUGCCAUCAUCAAGGUCCGGGGCUGCCGGGAACGGAGAUUUCCCGUCUUCUCGGAACCGUGGGCUCCAGAGGACGAGCCCAAGACCAAGGCUCCUGGGCUUGCUGCGCUCGACGCAAACGCCGCAUUAGUAUCACCCGCUAUUCAGCGCCUCAAGCCCCAGCAUGUUGAGCUCAACGUGAUUGCUCCCCAACCUGUUGUUGUGGUCAAGUCAUCGACUCUUCCGCAGUCGGCGGUUAUGAUACUGGAAGGAGAGCGCCAAUCGUUCUCCAUGACUUUACAGAACCUCUCUACCACUACGCCGGUGGAUUUUCUCCUCUUCUCUUUCAAAGACUCGACGCAGGAGCCUUUGCAAAUGGCGCUAAACAACCGUGAUGCGACAGCCACGGAGCUCUAUGAGUAUGAGCUUGUACUAGCCAAGAAACACCCGCUUCGCCUAAAGAACCGCGACGACAGUCGGAGAUUCAUCCCUCCUGGCCAGACUGCAACGUUCGAUUUUGAGAUAUUUGGCAAGGCGGGUCUCACCCACGGCCUCAUCCAAGUAGACUAUGCGCACCUCGGUGUACCGCACGACGAAGUGGCCGAGAAAUUCUACACGCGCCAGGUGUCGAUGGAACUCACCAUCACGGUCAACGCCAGCGUCGAGAUCGCACUGGUUGACGUCCUCCCGCUCACGGGCAGCAUCCCGGAGCCGCUAUGGGCUCGGACAGCCUGCCAUGCAAAAGAGGAGGGCCCGUCGGAGCUUGCCGAAGAUUCGCACUGCUUGCUGUUGCUCGACCUCCGCAAUUCCUGGCCCAGUCAAAUGCUCGCCAUGCUCGAGUCUACCGACGGCUUCAGGGUUGAGGAGUACAUACUUCCAGGCAACACCUCGCGCGUCGUGCUCCCCAUCAAACGGGUCUACCUCGAAGACCCGCACGCCUUCAUCCCUGCGCUCAACCCGGCGCGCCAGCGGCAGUUCGUCGUCAGCACCAAGAUCUCCCCCGAGGCGGAGCGCGCCAGCCGCGAAGCCUUUUGGUACCGCGAAAAGGUGCUCGAUACGCUCAAGGGGACAUGGCAGGCCGUACCAGCCGGCGGCGGGGUGGCAGCCACGCGGUCGGGGGAGAUUGAACUCCGCGCGCUGCGCUUCACGGCGCGCAUGAUCGAGUCAAUCAGGGUCGACGAGGUUGACAUUGACAUAUCUGUCAUCGACCCGGCCACGGGCGAGCCGCUCACCAACCCCUCCUCCCAGACGAGAAACAGCCACGUCGUCUACGUAGACGAGUUCCUCCAGCUCCGCGUGCGCGUGACGAACCGCUCUGCGCGGCCCGUCCACCCCGUCCUGCGGCUCACGCCCGCGCUGUGCCACCGCCCGUUCAACGUCUCGCUCGACUUUACGCGCAAGCUGGCCAAGUUUGCGUGGAACGGGAAUCUGCAGCAGGUACUGCCCGUUUUGAGUCCUGACGGCGGAGUGGUGGAGGUGACGAUGGGGGUUACGGCGCUCUGCAGGGGGGAGUUUGAGAUAGCGGGGAGCGUGGAGGAGGCCAGGAUCUGGCCUGAUCCGCAAAACGAAGAGGAACGAGGGGAGAGGAAGAGAGAGACGACCGAGAAGGAGGCGCAGGCUAUCAUCCUUGGCGCGGCGCUGGGUAAGAGGGAGAGGAGGGUCUGGCAUGCACGGAGGCCGUGUCGGUUGGUUGUUACGGAUCGGGAGGCGGAGGCGGGGGAAUAGUACAUACUGUGUGGGAGUUACGGGGAUGGAUAGAGUGGUGGUGUGGUGAACCUAAAGUUGGGUUGGUAAAGGGGGUGGGGUUAAAGCAUUGGUGUUACUGUGGGACAAUGUGAGCGUUGCGCAGCGUUUUGAGAAUUUGGGAGUGGUGAAUGAGACACAAGAGUCAUGUCACAUUCUCGCGACCUGUGAUAUAUCUUGCCGCUCUCCGUAUAUAAUACCACAAAGC